CUUAAUUCAUACUAAAACAUUAAAUUCUGCAUUCAAGGCUACAGUCCAUCCUCUUUUCACUACCAAAUUCCCCAAAAAUUUUUAUAUAUUUUUUCUUGGUUUUGAUUGAAUUGUUAAAUAGCUGAUUGCAGAGUUGAAUAUGUUUUAGUUUCUGGGUACAGUUCAUAAUCAAAGUUCUUUUCUUUUCAAUCCAACAUUAUUUUGGGACAAAAACUUUGAGGGGGUGGGUACUUUCACUGGCGAAAAAACAAAUUUAUAUUCCGAAGACAAUGAUUCUGCCGUUCACCGGGUGCAUUCUGUGGAAAUUGUACUCGGUUCUCGACAAAAAAUACUGUGUUGAUAAAAGCUUCUAUUUUUGGAUUUUCCAGAUUUUUAAUACAUACAGUUUCGGCACUUAGCGGCACAAUUCUCAUAACUUUUGCCUCUGUUUUUUCUGUUCUGUUUCAUCAUCUUCUUUUUCUUCGCCGAUUUAUUCUUUCAAUUCCUUGAGCUUCUAAAAUGGGAGGAGCUUCACUGCCACCAGGUUUUCGGUUCCAUCCCACUGACCAGGAACUGAUAGGUUAUUACUUGAAAAGAAAAAUCGAUGGACUUGAAAUUGAGCUUGAAGUGAUUCCUGUGGUUGAUUUGUACAAGUUCGAUCCUUGGGAUUUGCCAGAGAAGUCGUUCCUUCCGAAACGGGAUUUGGAGUGGUUUUUCUUCUGUCCGAGGGAUCGGAAGUACCCGAAUGGCUCGAGAGCGAAUCGAGCCACCAAAGCUGGCUACUGGAAGGCUACGGGGAAAGACAGGAAAGUGGUGUGUCAAUCUUCUGUUAGUGGCUACCGGAAGACCCUGGUUUUCUACCGUGGCCGUGCCCCUUUGGGCAAUCGAACGGAUUGGAUUAUGCAUGAGUAUCGUCUCUCCGAUGAGCCUUCUCAAGGAUCAACUAAUCAGGGAGCUUUUGCCUUGUGCCGUGUUGUGAAAAGGAACGAGCCGAAGGUGAGUGAUGCUCGUGGAGAACCGAAAGCCACAAGGGUCGGAAGCAGUUCGACCGAUGUGGAACUUACCGUGACGAGGUUGACCUGCAAGCAGCCAUUGAGUAAUUCUGGUGACAUUUCGUGUCCAAAAAGUUACCCUAAUCAAGGGAGCAAUUAUUCAAGCCGUGUCACUUCUCCUUGUGAAGUCACGCAAGUGCCACCAUUUGAGCCUGUUUCUGUUAAUACCGAUCGCGGUGAUGUUUGGGUCUCACCUGAUCUAAUUCUUGAUUCUUCAAAGGAUUACGCACAAAUAUGUGAAACAACAGUCCAGUGCUCUUCUCAGAAUGAGUUUCCGAGCUCAAUGACUCCGUGGCAGCAAUACGAACAGACCGAAUUCUCCCCAAGUUCAUCGUACUUGAAUUUCGGGGAAAUCGAACAUGAUGAUCUCAGUCGCAUUGGCUGCAUGUCGCCUUACUCGCUCCAUGUAAAUUACAUGGACUUCUAUGGCAAUGAAGGCAAUGACCAGACUGUUGUUUUAUACAACUACAUGAACCCUUUCUGAGAACAGGAAGGGAUCAUGCUAGCUCUUCUUUCCUCAAUGUAGGGUGGCCCUUACUGGUACGAGCAAUGAAUGAAAAUGGCGAGUUCGUCUUAAUCUUAAAGGGAACGAUCUCUAAGAUGACGCUUUUUAAUGUUGGUUCUUGGAGUAAGAAAUAAUAAGCACAACCCCUCCACUGCUACCAGAUUGUAUUAACAUUGCUGUGCCUUUGUUGUAUUAUGUAUUGCUGCAAUGCCAGCAGCUAAAUGUUUGUUUUAUUUAGUUUCUGGUGGUAAUCAC